GUCUUUUCGAUUUUUCUCUUCUACUGGUCGGGAAUCUACUGUCGAUACAUACAGUAUGCCGGUGCAAUCCUUCGGUAUUGGCCUCCGAAGAAUCGACAAUAUGCGCAGCUAUGGAUUAUCGAUUUUUUAGUACUUUCCAAUUUUCACGGCUCCACUCAUCGCCAUCAUAUCACUGGCAUGGUUCAUUACAAAUGUCUUCUACACAAAUACGCCGUGUGCCACUCCGCUUUACAACUGCCGAUGGAAAUGCCGUCGGCUGUGUUCUGCUCAUUAUUGGCUGGGAUCAGCGCCGUGAUUGAAAUUCAUUAUUCAAUUGACUUUAAUCACUUGGAGUGGAGCGAAAAAUGGAGCUGGGCUGCUGCCGAUUCUGUUGCGCUCAGUGCCAUUCACGCCGUGCUAGCCUUUGCAUUACAAUGA